AUGAAUAACACCCCUUGUGAAGAAAAACUUGGAAAUGUCACCAUCCAGACCUCAGUUCCGCUCAUUACCACCAGAGAUGAACAGACUAGUAAUGUAAAGAAAAUACUUACAAUGAGUAUGCUUGAAGAACAGUAUCCUUCAAAAACUAGGGUAAGAGUAUAUACAGAUGGGUCAGCCACAAAUGCCACAGCAAAUGGAGGGGCUGGUAUAUACAUUAAGUACCCCAAUGGAGAUCAACAAUCAGAGGCAAUACCAACAGGCCUACAUUGUUCAAACUACAAAGCUGAAGAAAAAGCCAUUACUCAUGCUGCACAUUCCAUCAAAAACAAAAUCGAUGAUACAACUCAAGUAGUAUUCCUGACUGAUGCCCUCUCUGUUCUACAAGCUUUGAAGAACGACAAGCUGCCUCAACUCCAACAAGCUUUAUACAACAUCAAAAGUCUGACAACAGUAAUUCAGUGGAUCCCUUCACACUGUGGAGUUUGGGGUAAUGAACAAGCCGACAGAUUAGCAAAGUAUGGUGCUGAACAACAACAGGAAGAAAAUCCAGUCUGCUUUUCAGAGAUGAAGACUAUCAUAAAAUCUCUGUUCAACACUCUACAGCAACAAGAUAGUUACCACCAGCUAACAAGAUCUGAACAAACCACCAUCUUUAGACUGAGGACAGGACACAACAGACUCAACCAACAUUAA